CACAGGGUCGAGGUUACUACAGAGAGGGGAUCGUAAAAUCACUUAGCUUGGACAGUUCAUGGAGGUCGUGUAGCUAUUCUAUUCAUACCUCAGUGAUUCUAACGGCCGCAACAAGGAUAUAUUAGCUAGCAAGUUGAUAGCACAUUAGCCUAGCUAGGAGACGAAGACUGUUGCCAACUAGCGCAGCUGUGUUUCAUCAAACUGUUUAAGUGGCAAACGAAUCGGCAUCAAAACGUAUUAAUUCACCGAUAUUUGACACUCUUAAUAGCACAUUUGUACUGAAGAGUGGUGAUGGACUUUCUCGCUGGCUGCAUUGGAGGUGCUGCCGGAGUCUUAGUAGGACACCCUUUUGACACGGUUAAGGUGAGACUCCAGGUUCAGAAUGUGGACAAGCCUCUCUACCGCGGGACCUACCACUGUUUCCAGUCCAUCGUUCGGCAGGAGUCGAUGUUUGGGCUGUACAAAGGCAUCGGCUCCCCCAUAAUGGGCCUAACCUUCAUCAACGCCAUAGUGUUUGGAGUGCAGGGAAACGCUAUGCGUUACCUGGGCCAUGACACCCCUAUGAACCAGUUCCUGGCCGGGGCCGCAGCCGGAACCAUCCAGUGUGUCAUCUGCUGCCCCAUGGAGCUGGCCAAGACACGCAUGCAGAUGCAAGGCACUGGGGAGAAGAAGUCCAAGAGGAAGCUGUACAAGAACUCCCUGGACUGUCUGGCCCGUAUCUACAAGCGGGAGGGGCUGUCGGGGGUGAACCGUGGCAUGGUUACCACGCUGGUCCGAGAAACCCCCGGUUUCGGAGUCUACUUCCUGGCCUAUGACGUCCUGACUCGCUCCAUUGGCUGUGAACCUGACGACCCCUACAUGAUCCCCAAACUGCUAUUCGCCGGUGGGAUGUCCGGGAUUGCCUCUUGGCUCUCCACCUAUCCAGUGGACGUGAUUAAGUCCCGCCUCCAGGCGGAUGGGGUGGGUGGGGUCUACCAGUACACCAGCAUCGCUGACUGCGUGCGGCAGAGCGUGAGGAGAGAGGGGCUCAGAGUGUUCACACGAGGUCUUACCUCCACCCUGCUCAGAGCGUUUCCCGUCAAUGCUGCCACCUUCGCCACCGUCACGCUGGUGCUGCUGUACGCACGGGGAGUGGAAGAGGGGCCCAAAGACUGUGAGCUGGGGCCCCCCAACACAGCUCACCACACACAGCUACCGCAGCAGACCCAGGCUUCCAGCUUGUGACCUGAGUCUGGAGGUGUUACUCCCACCAAAGCUGCUCUACUGUGGGGUGGGGGAGGGAGGGAAACCCAUUGGGACCCAAUGCCCUUUGAAUCGCUGAGUAUGGAAACCCAUAGACUCCUGAUAUAGCUAUAUGUACACUACCGUUCAAAAGUUUGGGGUCACUUAAACAUUUUCCUUGUUUUUGAGAGAAAAGCAAUAA